UCCUGAGCGUAAACGAUCUUCGGCACAAUCAUGGCAGCGCGCAUGUGAAUGUCAUGCCAUUCUAACACACGUCGUGAAUUAGUUAACGUGUGAGUGCUAUUGGGGAAUCGUUAAAGCUGGAUGGUGCAUUACAUCUUGUGGUAUUGUACUUUCUAUAACAUCAGACAGAUAAGGACCGGAAACUGUUAUUUUUGUCAUUAACUGACCAGCGUUAGCAUUGUAGCUGAGCAGUCAGCAGCUUCACAGUAAUCAUGAUGGAUCCCGAUCAGCAACUGAGAAAUCUCAAGGAUUUCCUCCUAGUUUACAACCGCAUGACUGAAAUCUGCUUCCAGCGAUGCACCAGCAACUUUAACUACAGAAACCUCACCAUGGACGAGGAGCGCUGUGUGGACAGCUGUGCUGGGAAGCUUAUUCGCUCGAAUCACCGCCUGAUGGGCACCUACGUGCAGCUAAUGCCCCGGAUGAUGCAGCGGCGAAUGGAUGAGAUGGAGACCAAGGCUGCAGAAAAUGCCAAGGCAGCAGAGGCUGCUGCUUUAGCAUCUGUUGGGCCAGUUGCCACAGAGGCCUCGCCAGCGUCUGAAACCCCUAUCGCCCUAUCUCCACCCCUGCAAGCACCUCCACUGACUGAUGUCUCACCAGAAGCCUUUGGCUCAGUAUUCAAGCCAGUAGGAGCAGAUAUUCCAGUUGGGUUUGACGCUGUCAUGCCUGCAUCCACAGCAGCAACGGGAGUCAAAAUGUCAGCUGCUGCACCUUUCACACCUGCGACCGAAGCAGUGAAUCUGUCAGUGCUUAAUGAAGCUGGCAGUGGACCCUCAUACACAGCAGGACUUUCUCAGUCAUUUGUAGCUGGUGCUCAAAUUGAGUCUGGGAACUCAGCACCGGCUUUUACGCCAUCUCUACCCACAUCCAUAUCAGUAGAUGUUCCUGUGGCAACUGUAGCUGCACCUGCAGUGUCUAUAUCCUCAGAGAGUAGACCUCUGUCAGUCCUAGUGAAAGCCCCAGAGGUUCCCCCACCAUCAGGACAGUAACGAUGCCCUUUGGGUUUGUGUCAGGAGGUCAAACUGUUAGUGAUAUGUCCCAAAUUCCAACAUAUACCCAUCAGAACCAUAUCUGAUGAUAACAUUAUGAUCUGAUCUCAAAAAGAAAAUAUAAUGACUAGAUCAGCAUAACACAUAAUAUAUGAUAAAUGUUUGUAUUUGAAUUCUUCUCAUAUGUUUCUGGCUCAUGUGAAAAAUAUGAGCAUGUUCAGCUUUAGUUUCUGUCUUCUUGUUUUUUGCUUCACCAAAUUAGCAACUCUAAGGCCUCAAAUUAGAGUCUGUCUACUUCUGAUGGAAAUAAAACCACUUUAUCACGUUCCUUUUUUACUUAACAAAUUCAAUGAUCGUGUUUAUCUGUAGUCCAGUGCCCCGUGAUCUCCCCAUCAUUAGUUAUUUAUAUAUUAUAGUCAUUUCUGACUCAGUUUUAAAAAAUACAAGAUUCAACAUGCAGACACUGAAAUUCUUGAUCUACUGAACAUGUUUUGUUUGGUAAAAAAAAAAAAAGCCAGAACAGGUGUAUAUGAAGUCAUGUGUGGGUGAAAUGGAAGAUGCAAAGGAUUUUAGUGAUGGCAGCCUCUUACAGGUCAAAACUUUAGAAGCCUCUGAUUCUGAACAUUCAGGCGAGCUCAGGCAAAGGAACACUCAAACACACUGAUUACUGAUCAUUUUCAAUAUUUGUACUUAAAGGUUCCUUUAUUGUGAAUUCUACAUUGCAAACCUCUUGCAGUUGUUUGAAAACACAAUAGGGCCCUGGCCCUUUACUGCAGGAUGUAUUAACUAAGACUUAGGUUGAGGUGUCUGCAACAUGCUCUCACUGGAUAGAUGCAAAUCCAACACAAGACCUUUAUAACUUCAUCUCCUCUUUCUCCUCCCAUCAUUUAAAUCUCUUUGCAACCAAGUACCUAUAUAUGUACCACAUAACAGUUUUCCCCCAAUGGCGUAAUUCUUCAUCCACUAAGAUGAUGACAUCAUAUAUCAAACUAACUGUGAUCCAAUUUAAGUGACAGUAAAGGGUUGUAGAGUAAAUUAAGUAUUAUUCAAAUAAAAAUAUGUAUUACAAUGUUUAGUGUGGCACAUUUGAAAGGAAGCAUUUCAACACUUUAUUUAAAUCAUUGACGUUCAGUCUUGAGGUUUGGUAUUUUACUGUUAUUAGCUGGCAAAGCAAGGUGUUUAUAUAAUUAGAGUAAGACCAGUUGUAAUCAAACACAAAGCAUUAUUGGAAGCAUAGGCUAUUGUUGAUACAACGUAGUGGACCAAUGCAUAGCAAAACUUAAUUCUGUCAGAUGUUCUGAUUAUUUUGAAUGACAUCUUAGUUAUUACGCUAUCACGAAUCUGCUUGUGAAGAAAACAAAGAAUACAAUUGGUUCUAUCAAUUUCCCUUAACCACAUCCCUGUCGUUGUGACUUUGGUGGUGUUUCAAUUGUCCAUGCUUUUGAAAAUAAAUGAUGUGACCCAUUUAGGAACAAAAGCGUAAUGAUGCUACAUUAAAAAUAUGUUUAUACAAUUUC